AUGCCGAAGCUCCCAUAUCCAGCACCCAUCGAGGCCCGCCGCUUGCGCAUGCAGACAUUACUGGCAUCGCUGGACUCGAUUGGCCAGGUGAUUCUCGGAGCGCUCGCCGCGGCCAUGCGCCUGGCUCCGGCGUGCGACUUUUCCCAGCGGCACCGGCCGGACCGCCCGUCCACGAGCACGUUUGGCAUGCUGCGCUACCCCACGCUCUCGGCGGACGAUGCCGCCAGCGCCGGCCACGCGGUGCACACCGACGAGGGCACGCUGACGAUCCUGUUCGCGUCCGACUACGGGCUGCAGACGCGCAGUGCCGCGACGCAGCGCUGGGCGUUUGUCGAGCCCAGGACCGGGCACGCCGUCGUCAACCUCGGCGACUCGCUGCGCUUCCUGUCCGGCGGGCGUCUCAAGGCGUGCCUGCACAGAGUGGCCCCGCUGCCGGGACGGACGAUCCUGGAACGGUAUUCGUUGGCGUACUUUAUGCGCCCAGAGGAUGACGCCUGCUUCACGGACACGGCUGGUCGCGCGUGGACGAGCACCGAGUGGCACAUCCAGAGGUUCUCUGCCCAUGCACAGGUCCCCGUGUGA